GUCCCGGGCGCCACUAUGAGGAAGCAGAGCGCGCGGACGGCCGCGCUCAUCCUGUGCAUCCUGUCCUACCUGCUGGUGGGCGCCGCCGUCUUCGACGCGCUCGAGUCCGAGGCGGAGAGGGGCCGCCAGCGGCUGCUGGCCCAGAAGCGCGGCGAGUUCCGGAGGAAGUACGGCUUCUCGGCCGAGGAUUACCGCGAGCUGGAGCGCCUGGCGCGGCAGGCCGAACCGCACCGUGCCGGCCGCCAGUGGAAGUUCGCCGGCUCCUUCUACUUCGCCAUCACCGUCAUCACCACCAUCGGGUACGGCCACGCCGCGCCGGGCACGGACUCGGGCAAGGUCUUCUGCAUGUUCUAUGCGCUGCUGGGCAUCCCCCUGACGCUGGUCACCUUCCAGAGCCUGGGCGAGCGGCUGAACGCGCUGGUGUGGCGCCUCCUGCUGGCGGCCAAGCGCUGCCUGGGCCUGCGGCGGCCGCGCGUGUCCACCCAGAACAUGGUGGUGGCCGGGCUGCUGGCGUGCGUCGCCACCCUGGCGCUCGGGGCCGCCGCUUUCGCGCACUUCGAGGGCUGGACCUUCUUCCACGCCUACUAUUACUGCUUCAUCACCCUCACCACCAUCGGCUUCGGCGACUUUGUGGCGCUGCAGAGCGACGAGGCGCUGCAAAGGAAGCCACCCUACGUGGCCUUCAGCUUCCUCUACAUCCUCUUGGGGCUCACGGUCAUCGGCGCCUUCCUCAACCUGGUGGUACUGCGCUUCCUCGCAGCCAGCGCCGACCUGCCCCAGCGCGCUGCCGGCCGCGCCAGCUUGCGCCGCCUGGGGGCGCCCGGGAGCAGCGGCCUCGCGCGGCCCGGCAGCCCGCCCCACCCCGGGGGCUCCGCCUCAGUCUCCCACCGUGUGCAUCAGCUGGAGACAUGCGCCCGCGACAAUCUGGGCUUCUCGCCCCCCUCGAGCCCUGAGACCGGGCGCAGCGGCGGCGAGACAGAUCCGCCCCGAGCCCGGCGGAGGUCCAUCUGACAGCUCUGGGCCGGAGUUGGACCUGGAAUGGCAGGGAUCGCCUUCAUCUGCCUGUGCACCCUCCCCGGGGCUUGCUGGAGGGAGGGUGAGGGGCCUCAGUGCUGUCUUCCACCACAAGCAGCUUCUCAUCAU